AUGUCGUCGACCGAUGAGAAGCACGGUAUCUCCGUGCAUCACGAUUCCCCAGGCUCCGAUGCCGACUUCAAGCCUGCCGUGGCCGCCGGUCAAGGCGAGACCGCCAAAGUUGGUGGUGCGAAGACGAGACAGGUGCACAAUGCCGAGUUGUAUGCCGCUAUCACCGAAACCCCGAUUGAGAAAUGGAGCAAGGAGUCUCUUCACAUGUACUUCGCCAUCUUCGUCGCUUUCUGCUGCGCUUGCGCCAACGGCUACGAUGGCUCGCUCAUGGGUGCCAUUCUCGCGAUGGACCACUUUCAGAACACCUUCCACACCGGCAUGGACGGCCCUAAGGUCUCCCUCGUCACUUCCCUCUACACCGUUGGUUCCAUUGCUGCGACCCCCUUCAGUGCCGUCCUCUCCGACAAGCUGGGUCGUCGCAAGUGUAUGUUUGUCGGCGCUUGGGUUAUUAUCGCCGGUUCCAUCAUCAUCGCCACUGCGAAGCACCUAGAGCAAUUCUACGUCGGCCGUGUGGUUCUCGGUUUCGGUAUCCAGAUCAUGGUGGUGUCUGCCCCCGCCUACGCCGUUGAGAUCGCUCCUCCUCACUGGCGUGGUCGUGCCGUCGGCUUCUACAACUGCGGUUGGUUCGGAGGUUCCAUUCCCGCCGCCGCGGUGACCUAUGGUACCAACUUCAUCGACAACGACUUCUCGUGGCGCAUCCCCUUCAUUUUGCAGUGCUUCGCCUGCGUUAUCGUCAUCUUCGCCGUUUGGUUCAUCCCCGAGUCGCCCCGUUGGCAGAUGGCCCACGGCCAAGAUGAGGCUGCUCUGGCUUUCCUCACAAGGUACCAUGGUAACGGUGACCCCAACGCCCGCCUGGUGCGUCUCGAGAUCGAAGAAAUGAGAGAGGGUAUCCGCAUCGAUGGUAUUGACAAGAGAUGGUGGGAUUACCGCCCCUUCUUCUUCACCCACAGCGGCCGCUGGCGUUUCCUUCAGGUCAUGAUGAUCUCCGUCUUCGGUCAGUGGUCCGGUAACGGUCUGGGAUAUUUCAAUGCCACCAUCUACCAGAGACUCGGUUACACCUCCAGCUCCAUGCAGCUGCUCAUGAAUCUCGUCAACUCCAUCGUGUCCGCCAUUGGUGCCCUGACGGCCGUGGCUCUCACCGAUCGCAUGCCUCGUCGUAAGGUUUUGGUUUGGGGUACAUUGGCUUGCGCCAUCGCCAUGGCGAUCAACGCCGGUGUGUCCGAGCCCAUGAUCAAGCAGGCCGAGACCCCGGCCGGUAUCAAUAAAACCUUCGGCCAGACCGCCGUCGCCUUCUACUACCUGUUCAACAUCAUCUUCUCCUUCACCUACACUCCUCUACAAGGCGUCAUCCCCGCCGAGGCCCUCGAGACCACCACCCGUGCCAAGGGUCUCGCCCUGUCCGGCUUGAUGGUCAGCGGCAUCGGUUUCGUCAGUCAGUACGCCAGUCCCAUUGGUCUGCGCAACAUCUCCACCCACUACUUCUGGAUUUUCGUCGGAUGGGAUCUUUUCGAAGCCCUCUGUUGGUACUUGUUCGGUGUCGAAUCCCAGGGUCGUACCCUCGAAGAGCUCGAGUGGGUCUACCAGCAGCCCAACCCCGUCAAGGCCUCUCUGCAGGUCGACAAGGUCGUCGUCCAGGCCGAUGGCCAGGUCACCGAGAAGAUCACCGACGCGUAA